AUGUUCCGGUGUCGGCUUUGGCUUCCACACACGCGACCGUCUUCUUCUCCGUCGACGAAGCCAAGAGAGAGAUUGAGAGAUGACGGACAAUAUCUUCGAAGGUCUACCUCCUCCUUCUUCUCAACAGAAAGAGCUUCCCAAUUCUUCAAAUCCAAACGAGCCGAAAGAAGAAAGUCCCUCCACAGCUCCUCCGACUCUGGUUCUCAAGAGUUCCCUGAAGCGAUCUAAACCGGCAGAAUCUGCACCCGAUGUCUCAGCUCCCCCUGUUCUCAAGAGCGCACUAAAACGUUCAAAACCAGCAGAAUCUACUCCGGAACCAGAACCUGAAGCUCCUAAGAAGCGUCUACAGUUCAAGACAUCGACCGAUGCAUCAGAAGAACAAGUGAUAGAAGCGAUGCAGAAGAUAACAUCUCACAUCAAGAACCCUUCCAAGUUCUCCAAAGCCUCGAAGCUUGCGAUACGCCUGAUUCAAGCUGGUAGCGUGAAGCCUGAGACAAGCAGUUACUUCAUUGCGAUGCUCGAAGCUGCAAUGUCAUCGAAAACUCCUUGUACAGAUCGAUUGGUUAGAGCAGAUUAUCAUGCUUUGUUCUCAGCUGCUCAGGAUGUAGCCGAGUGCCUUGAUAAAAGCCAGAAGAAUCUGCUGAUCAUAUGGACGAUUAAAGCAGUUGUGGCUAAUGACCUCUUUACUGAUGACAGCUUCAUGUUUUCCAAGACGGGUACUCAAAUAAAGGAGGCAAUAUCUGAUCUUCCUGUGGCAACUGAGGAAGAUGACGCUGAAGAAGCAGCUGCUCUUGAACAAGAGGCUGUGAAGGACAGUGGAGAAGAGCAGACAACACAGGACGUGGAUGAAGCUGCUUCAGCGGGAGGUCAAGAGGAUGCCGAGUCUGAUCCCUUUGGGCUGGAUGCGUGGAUCUCCAGUGGUGUGAAGAAAAAUGGUAAAACAAAGAUGACGAAAGAAGAUACAGAUGCCUUGGAGAACAAGAAAUUUCUCAGGUCGAAAAGAGAAGCUUUGAUUACAUGCCUGGAGAUAGCUGCACGCCGUUACAGAGUUCCAUGGUGCCAGACUGUUAUAGACAUACUGGUGAAACAUGCGUUUGAGAACGUGACGAGGUUCACAUCACAGCAGAGACAAGCAGUGGAGAAACUAUGGGCUUCUGUUAGAGAACAACAUCUGCGUAGGAAGCAAGGCAAAUCAGUGACGGGGAAACUCGACGUGACUGCUUUCGAAAGUCUUCAGGAUAAAUACGCCAACGAGAAGAUGAGCAUCCGGCGAUCUGUUGGAGCCAACGGUGAACGCCGUGCACAACAAUGGCUUGGUUGAUAAAAACAUGUUACCAAAAACAAAAGUGUAAUUUGUAUGAUUUUACACUAAGACAGAAGUAGUAGAAAGCAGAUAUUUGCUCUGUUUCCUUCCGAUUGUGUCUUGAUACAAAAACUUCCAACCUUUAUCCAAAAAAUAUUUGCA